CUCAGCAUUGCUAACGGAGCAGCUAGCUGAACACAUGCAGUCACUUUUGGCGGAGAUAAGACACCUACGCUAAAUACGAAGCUAAACUGGACUCGGUGCAAGCGACCGUGAAUGAUCACCAACAACGCAUUGAGAAGUUGGAGCAGUUCGCGGACUACAUCGGAGAUGUGGAUCCUAGGCUGAGUGCAGCCUGGCAUGGCUUCUGAGAAUGCUAAGCUAAAAGCUAAAGUAAUAGAUCUCGAAGGCAGAAGUCGCCGCAACAAUGUACGCAUCAUCGGGCUCCCUGAGAACAUAGAGGACUCCCAGCCGACUGUUUUCUUCUCUAAAUUGCUUUUCGAUGUGCUUUGUACUGAUGUCCUGACGUCUCCACCUGAAUUAGACAGGGCUCACCGCACUCUAACCGCCAAACCGGGACCGUCUGGCAGACCACGGGCUGUGCUAAUCUGUUUUCACCGAUUUCAAACCCGGGAGCAGGUGGUACGGGCGGCAAGAAAACUGCGGGGAAAGCUGAAGUACGGCGACCACCCCAUCCACAUCCUGGAGGACUACGCUCCUGAGGUCGCGGAACAACGCGCACAGUACAGAGAUGUCAUGAAGAAGCUGUACGACCUGGGUCUUAAACCUGCCCUCCGCUACCCCGCUAAACUGUUUAUCGUGGCCGAAGACGGAUCAAGGAAAUGUCUUCCCGGGGUGAAAGAGGCUGCAGACUUUGUUGCUUCGCGUCUCCAAGAUGCACAGCCUGCUGUGUGUGCUGCAUCCUGGUGUCAGUAUCUGCCAUCAGACUGUGCUGCACCUCCAGUCAGCUGCAGAAGAUGACCAAUGUGUGCUGCAUCCUUAUGUCAGUAUCUGUCAUCAGCCUGGGUCCGACCUCCACUCAGCUGCAGAAGAUGUCUCACCGGUAGACUGUAUAAAUAAGCUGCCAUGUCUCAUGAACCCUACAUGAGUCAAACCAAGAUGAGGUCGGGCCUGCUGGUCCUGGCAGGCUCCUGUCUGACCGGGCUUGGACCCUGGGUCACGUAGGGAGGGCGGAGCGAGCAAACAGGGCUGGGAUAUCCCCGUGUCAAGGUGUCUGUGGCCGAUAGGGCUGUUUGUCUGUCUCACAGGCCUUAUCAUCAGGGGUUGAGCGGUACAGCGUGUCGUAGUUUCUGAUGGGUGUUCCCGCUCCGCUCUGUACCCAUCUUUUUCAUCUGUCACAGGUCACUUUGUCACGGGGCUCGUGUGGACUGACAGAACGGAGAUCGUCCUGUUUCCAGUGCCGGAGACCAGGUGGGAGUACCUGCAUGCAGGGAAUGCAUAAAAGUACCUGAGAGUUGAACAUCUGAAAGACAUCAAUGGAAACCAACUUUAGUUUUGAGGGCAGUGACGUGUCCUCUGAAGACAAUGAGUCAGCCUUCCCCUCUCCACUGAGACUGACUCCACCGGACCAGAGUGCCAUCUAUGACCUGAUGGGGAAGAGCCAGGAGGAGGAGGAGGAGGAGGAGCAGAGGGACCAUCAGGCCAUCACCAUCCCCAGUGGCUCAGAGGCGUUUCUGAACCGGAACACCAACGCCACCACGAGAGGAGACGCUCAGGCCUAUGUGGAGCUGAAUGAGCUCCAGGGCAGCGUCUGGCAGGAGACGAGCCGCUGGCUGGGCUACGAGGAGAACUUUAACCCCAGAACAGGAACAUGGGGUUCUUCUCACAUCUCCCAUCUCACCUUCAAGAGCCUGAUCCAGCUCCGCAAGACCAUAAGCACAGGUGCCGUCAUCCUGGACCUGAACGCCAGUAGUCUGUCUGCUGUGGCUGAGAAGGUGGCCGACGAGCUGCUGGACAAGGGGGAGAUCAGAGCCAGUGACCGGGACAACCUGCUGAGGGCUCUGCUCCUGAGACGCAGUCAGACUGGGGGACCUGCAGUAACUGCCUCUGGAGACAUUGAGAUGCAGACUUUUUCUGUCAGCAACAAGAGAGACACUUCUGACAACAUGGAGGCCUCGAUCAUCCUCUCAGGUGCCCUGGACACUCUGGAGAAGCCAGUGGUGGCUUUUGUGAGGCUGAGGGACUCUGUGGUGAUGGAGUCCUCCCUGGAGUCUCCUGUCCCCGUCCGCUUCGUGUUUGUGCUGGUGGGCCCCAGCCAGAGCGGGAUGAACUACAGCGAGAGCGGCCGUGCCAUGGGAGCCCUGAUGGCCGACUGGGUGUUUUGUCUGGAGGCCUUCUUGGCUCAGACCGACAAAGAUCUGACCAACGCCAUCGCUGACUUCAUGGACUGCAGCAUCGUGAUCCCGCCCACCGAGAUCCAGGACGCGGCCAUGCUGGAGCCAAUCAUCAACUUCCAGAAGAAAAUGCUGCAGGAAAGACUCCGCCCCAACGAUACCCGCCUGGCCUACGGCGACAGGGUCAAAGUUGAGAAAGCUCCAGCAGAGCCUCGGGAGGACCCUCUGGCCCGUACAGGAUAUCCUUUCGGCGGGAUGGUGAAGGACUUGAAGCGCCGUUAUCGCCACUAUAUCAGCGACUACACAGACGCUCUGAACCCUCAGGUCCUCGCUGCCGUCAUCUUCAUCUACUUCGCUGCCCUGUCCCCUGCCAUCACUUUUGGAGGGCUUCUGGCUGACAAAACAGAGAAAAUGAUGGGCGUGUCCGAGCUGAUGAUCUCCACCAGCAUCCAGGGCGUCAUCUUCUGUCUCAUCGCUGCCCAGCCAGUCCUCGUCAUCGGAUUCUCCGGACCGCUGCUAGUGUUUGAGGAAGCUUUUUACGCCUUCUGCAAGUCCCAGGGUAUUGAGUACAUCGUGGGCCGUAUCUGGGUGGGGAUGUGGCUGAUAGUGAUCGUGUUCAUCAUCGUGGCCGUGGAGGGCAGCUUCCUGGUCCGAUUCAUCUCCCGCUUCACUCAGGAAAUCUUCUCCAUCCUCAUCUCUCUCAUCUUCAUCUACGAGACCUUCAAUAAGCUCAUGAAGAUCUUUAAAGCCCACCCUCUGAUCCUGAACUACGACCAUCUCAACAGCUCGAAGGACAACCCCUUCCACCCCGUCAUCACAGAGCACAUCGAGAUCCAUCCAGACGGCAACGUAACCGUUAAAGAGUUGGAGAUAGAACGGCCCUUCCCCAACACGGCCCUGUUGUCCAUGUGCCUGAUGUUCGGCUGCUUCUUCAUUGCCUACUUCCUCCGCUACUUCAAGAAUGGUCAUUAUCUGCCUGGCCCGGUCCGUCGUUUGAUUGGAGAUUUCGGAGUCCCCAUCGCUAUUUUCUUCAUGAUUGCUGUGGAUAUCAGCAUUGAGGACGCUUACACUCAGAAACUGGUCGUGCCAAAAGGUGUUCAGGUGACCAACCCCAAAGUCAGAGGCUGGUUUAUCAACCCCAUGGGAGAGAAGAAGGCCUUCCCCAUUUGGAUGAUGGGCGCCUGCUGUGUCCCGGCAGUCCUCGUCUUCAUCCUCAUCUUCCUGGAGUCCCAGAUCACCACGCUGAUUGUGAGCAAACCUGAGAGGAAGAUGAUGAAAGGAUCCGGUUUCCAUCUGGAUCUGCUCAUCCUGGUCACCAUGGGGGGCAUCUCCUCCAUCUUUGGGGUGCCCUGGCUGAGUGCCGCCACCGUGCGGUCUGUGACCCACGCCAACGCUCUCACUGUCAUGUCCAAGGGUCCGAAACCAGAGAUUGAGAAGGUGGUUGAGCAGAGGAUCAGUGGCAUCCUUGUGGCCAUCAUGGUUGGUGUUUCUAUUUUCAUGGAGCCCAUUCUGAAGAUGAUUCCUAUGACAGCCUUGUUCGGUAUCUUCCUCUACAUGGGUAUCACCUCUCUGAGUGGAAUCCAGAUGUGGGACAGGAUGCUUCUGUUAAUCACACCGAAGAAAUACCAUCCGUCUGACGCCUACGCCACCAUGGUGAGCACACCCCGGAUGCAUUUGUUCACUCUGAUCCAGCUCGUGUGCCUGGCUGUCCUGUGGGCGGUGAAGAUGAGCCCCUUCUCUCUGGCGCUGCCUUUUGUUCUCAUCCUCACCAUCCCUCUGCGCAUGGUGAUGACCGGCACGCUCUUCACUGCCAAGGAGAUGAAAUGCCUGGACGCAGAUGAUGCCAAAGUGACGUUUGAGGAGGAACCUGGCGUAGACGUGUAUGAUGAGUCCCCACUGCCAUAAACAACGCCGUAUCAUUAAUGUUUCAUUCACAAACAUUCAAAUGAACUCAAUUCUCAACUGCCAGUAAUUAUGUGAACAUUUAAUAUAUUUAUGUUUAUACAUAUAUACUAUAUAUUUGUAAACAUAUACAGUUUCAAACGUUCUGUUCUGUUAUUUAUCUUUCAGUAGUUAAUGUUCGUUUCAACCAAUAAUGUAAUCCAUAUAUGAUUAUAUUUAAAAUCUUUAUACUUCAGGCUGUUUAUUUACCUAAAUAUAGAGUUAUCUUUUUGAUCCAGGAAUAAUACUAUCUGAUUUCUUUAAAUGAGAACUAUUUUCUCUUUACAAUAUUGUUUGUUCUUUUAUUGCAUAAUCUAUAUGUAUUGAGCUCUACAUACGCACAAAUGAUGCAUUUUCGUGGGAUUUUCAGGCCAGCAUUUGUCCCAUACAGUAUACCUAAACAUGUGUUUUCAAUUGUUACUUGAAUUUGCAUCAUUUGAUAUAUUUGAUGCGUAAUAGAUUUAUAAUGCACUUAUAUUAUAAUUUUAAGUGUGUAAUUGCUUUCAUGAUCAUAAAAUGUGAUAAGCAGUAAUGGGUAGAUAGUGGAUGAUAAUACAUAUUUGUUUGGUUGUUGUACUGAUGAUAUAAUCAGGGGAAACCUUGUUUGUAAAUGUUAUCUUACAAUGCUUGUUUGUGUGCUUGAAACACUGUACAUGCUUGAUUGGAUUGGAUGGAUUUUCACUUUAUCAAAAAUAAAAAACAUCCAUUAA